AUGAUCGAUCUCUUUGCAGAGAUUUUCAGGGCUACGCCUUUGUGCCACGUGAUCAACGACGAGGUCUUCGUCGUUCAUGGAGGCAUUCCGGGCCCUGACCCGCGCGUGUGGUGGAAGGGCAUGGACAACCAGAUCAGCUUUGACGGUCGUCAGAUCCAGAUCAGCCUGUCCGAAAUCGAGAACUCCAACCGCUUCAUGGAGCCAAACCCAGACGAGAAUCCGCUGAUGGUUGAUCUGCUAUGGUCCGACCCGAAGGGCAAGGAUGGUUACGGCCCAUCGGGGCGCAUGUCCUCCGGCAUUUACCUGUUCGGACCUGAUGUGUCCCGGAACUUCAUGGAGUUCAACGGCCUCAAGAUGACGCUUCGCUCGCAUGAGGUCAAGGCGCAGGGGUACCGCUUUGACCACGAGGGCGCCUAUCCGCUCAUCACUGUCUUCUCGGCGCCGAAUUACGUUGACAAGGCUGGCAACAUGGCCUCCGUCGCUGUGCU